UGUUGCGGGCUUUUUUUUCUCUAGCACGCGCGUGUGCGUGCGUGCGUGUGGAGGCUGUUGCCGGUCGGCCCUACGGCGACGAGGAAGACGUACCCGCGGAGUCCGACAGAAACUGCGACUUGCCAACAUAAUGAGCCAUGAGCGUCAAUUUCAUGGACGGCCUCUUGGGUAGUAGCGUGGUGAAACCGCCAGACGCGGUGGCAGCGACGGUCGCUUCCGCCGUGACGGCCGCCCCCGUGCCGUUCCGUCCCUUCCAGACGACGACUGUGACGCGCGCCUCGGACAUGUACCCGUUCGUGCACGCGGCGGCACCACCGCCGACGUCGACGGCCUCGCCGCUUGGUUACUUCACGUCCAUGGACCUGGCCAAGUCGGACGCGAUGGCAGCGGCGGCGGCUGGAUACGCGGCCGCAGCCCUGGGUCUGGGGCCGCACGCCGCCGCCGCCGCCGCGGCUAGCGGCGCGGCGACGUCACCUGCCGCGACGGCCUCGUUGAUGGCCUCCCAACAGUUCCUGGCCGCGGCCGAACUCGCCUACCCGCUGCCCCGGCUCGGAGUGGUCAGGCCCGAGGACGCCCUGGCCGACGUACCGCGCUACCCUUGGAUGGCGCUUGCAGGUUCUGCGUUCCGGGCCGCUGCUCACAAGCUACAUCAUCGCGUCGAAGAUUAUCCGCAUUCGUUCCACCUGUUUUCAGGUCCCAACGGCUGUCCCAGGCGGCGCGGCAGGCAGACGUACACGCGCUACCAGACCCUGGAGCUCGAGAAGGAGUUCCACUUCAACCACUACCUGACGCGGCGGCGGCGCAUCGAGAUCGCUCACGCGCUGUGCCUCACCGAGCGCCAGAUCAAGAUCUGGUUCCAGAACCGGCGCAUGAAGCUCAAGAAGGAGCUCCGCGCCGUCAAGGAGAUCAACGAACAGGCGCGCCUGGAGGCCAAGCACUCCGGCAAGCAGACUCCCUCGAGCGCGGACGCCGCCUUGCCGCAGUCUUCGUCGUCGUCUUCCUCCGCGACUUCGACUCGCACCGGCGGCGGCGGGAGGUCCUCGGACGGAGCGCCGAGGACAGAACUGGCCGACAGCGACGACAGCGACAAGGAGGAGGACGACGACGACGUCAUUCUGAACCCCGACGAGCCUUACGACGACCUCGACACUCGCGAGCCGCCCGCCACGUCGCAGCGCCCUCUCUCGCUGGCGCUGGGCGUCGUGGACGUCAAGGGUGCGUCGCCAACGCCAUCUUGCGGAGCGCUCCCGCGCGCGUGACGUUGUUUCUUUGCACACGAACAUCUCCCGAGACGAAGAAGCGCACCUGAAACCGUGCUUCGUCGGAGGGCCGGCUAUAUCCGGCCUUGCAUACGUGGACGUGCAAAAAGUGCGCGUAAAGUUUGCUGACCUUCAUGUUCUUUUUUUCGCCGUCGAGUCAAGAACUUUGUUUUGUUUUCAACAGAUAAUUUUUUCAUUCUGGACAAAUGAAAGGUUGCGGAGUCCGUCCAGUGAUCACCUCAUUCGUACACCCAUCGUCAGAUCUCCCCUUUUUCGUCAUCUAGAGACCGCUAUAUCGAGUCCUAAGGUGCCUUUGUCGUUUAUAUAAUAGACGCUAUUUAAGAGUGCUGUACACAGUGUGUGCCUGUAGCGUGUAUGCGUAAGCCUUCUGUAGCGUGCACGGCGGGUCAGCGUGCUUCCAGUGGGAGUCAGCGUGAAGCCCAAUGCAAUAAGACAUACAAUCAAAAAGGUAUAGCAAUACAAAGCUCUAUAACUUUUGUUGGAUUUAUUGUUCGUUUUUUUUUCUCAUGCCAAUCAUUCGUGCAAUCCUUUGUUGUGAGACUGUCCCGUUUUUGCUUGUUUUUUUUUAAUUCCGUCUCCCACGACCGAGUGCCUUAAGCAUUCGAAGAAGGAGUGAUCGCGGCAUCACCAAAGUGGCACAGUGUGUCAAUCGUUUGCAUUCACGUCGUGUCAUGUCUUACCGCCUCAUAGACUGAGAGAAUGUACCUCUCGUAGUCGUAAUGCCGCGCUUGCUUUGAGUGAGCGGAUAAAAAAAGAGAAAAAAAAGAAGCAAGGAGGAACAUGUGCAACGGGCAUUUCUUUUGCGCCAGCUUCUCUCAUGACACUUUUUGUAUUCAAUGGCUGCUAGUGUUUCCGCAGCUCAGUCGUGUUGAUUUUUGCGGCAGUAUAGGACGAUCGAGAGAUUUUAUUUUUAAAUGUUGUCAGUUAUUUAGAAUUCGUAUUUCGCUCAUAUAUGCCUUGCAGCCUUUUCGGGCACUAUACGUAUACUCACAAAAAAAAAAAGUAAAGUGACUGCUGUGAACGUGUCCUGAGGUGCAAAUGUAUACGUAGAAUGUAAUCCUGAUGAAAAAAAAAAAAAUGAUAUGUAGUUUGUCCUGUGUUUUGUUAUUUGUUCGUUGCUGCCCGUUAAGCUGGUUAUAAUCAAAACAUACGUGGACUUCAGCCGGUUUCAUUAAGCUGAAUAAAAAAGCGUUGUGUUCGUUCUCUCUUAAAAAAA